AUGCCGAGCUAUGUGAAAUUCCUCAAGGACAUACUUGCCAACAAGAGGAAGAUCGGGAAGAAUGAAAUGGUCGCAUUAACGUAUGAGUGUAGUGCGCUCUUUCAGAACAACAUCCCCACUAAAAUGAAAGAUCCAGGGAGUUUCACAUUGUCGUGCUCAAUAGGGGGAAAAGAAGUAGGAAAUGCGCUGUGUGACUUAGGGGCAAGUAUAAACCUGAUGCCCUUGUCAAUCUUCAAGAAGUUAAACAUCAGCAAUGCAAGACCCACCACAGUUACGUUGCAGUUGGCCGACAGAUCAAUAAUGCAUCCAAAGGGAAAAAUAGAAUAUGUAUUUGUGCAAAUGAAUAAAUUCAUCUUCCCUGCUGACUUUAUCAUAUUGGAUUAUGAAGCUGACAUUGAGGUGCCAAUCAUCUUGGGUCGCUCGUUUCUCGCAACAGGGCAAGCGCUGAUCGACGUACAGAAAGGAGAACUGACCAUAAGAAUCAACGAUCAACAAGUCAAGUUCAACGUUCUCAAUGCGUUGAAAUACCCAGGUGAUAUGGAAAACUGUCAGUAUGUUGGAGAACUGCAGGAAGAACAUUGGCACGAGUCUCGAGAAGAAUCAGAGGAAGAAGACUUUGGGAUUGGCGCAAUGUUGGAGGAGAAUUGCGUCGCAAUACAAACUGAACCAGAUUGGCACGAGUCUCGAGAAGACCCACCCAUGUUGGAGUUGAAGGCGUUACUAGUGCACCUCAAAUAUGUUUACUUAGGAGGCAAUAACACUUUACCAGUUAUAAUCUCUGCCUCCCUGAGCAAAGAAAAGGAGGAAGCACUUAUUCAGAUCCUUAAGAACAACGCAAAAGCUUUGGGAUGGACCUUAGUGGACAUUCGAGGGAUCAACCCCUCGUAUUGUAUGCAUAAGAUUCGUCUUGAAGAAGGAAAAAUAGGAUCCAUAGAGAGGUAG